CGACGCGUUCGAGGCGUCAUGUCGGACGAAUCCGAGGCCAGGGAAUUCCCGGUGGUGUGCGAGGACUGCCUCGGCCCCAACCCGUACGUGCGCGUGCAAAAGAUGCCGCUCGGCGGCGAGUGCGCGAUCAGCGGUCGCCCCUUCACCGUGUUUCGCUGGCGACCCGGGAACGAGGCGAGGUACAAGAAGACGGUGGUGUGCAAAGAGAUCGCGCAGGCGAAGAACGUGUGCCAGGUGUGCCUGCUGGAUUUAGAUUACGGGAUACCCGUCGCCGCGCGGGACGCCGCGCUGGGACGCGCGGGAGGGAGCGCGCUGCCGUCGAGCUCGGUGAACCGGGAUUUCGCGGUGAAUGAGAUCGCGAAAAAGCUGGACGAGGGCGAGGACGCGUACGAGAAGGAUGGGAAGGAGAAAAAUAACGAACUGUUGAUGCGGUUGGCGAGGAAGAAGCCGUAUUAUAACAAGAAUAAAACGCCGAUAUGCACGUUUUGGUUGAGAAACGCGUGCACGAGGAACGAUUGUCCGUAUCGACCUUGCAACGGGGAUACGCACAUGCCGGAACUGAGCGCGGCGCCAGAGUUGAGAAAGCAAAAUAUUAAGGAUAGAUACUUCGGGACGAACGAUCCGGUGGCGGAACAAAUGCUCAAACGCGCGAAAGAGCGACCGAGCCAAAAGUUGACGCCACCCGAAGAUGCGAGCAUCACCACGUUGUUUGUAGGCGGCGUCGACCCGGAAAAGGUCACCGAGGACGACAUCAACUCGCGCUUCUAUCAGUACGGCGAAAUCAAGGGCAUUCGCGUGAUUGGGACGAAGAAAUGUGCGUUCAUCACUUUCGCCACGCGCGAAGGUGCGGAGAAGGCGGCGGAAGAUGCGGCGAUAAAUCUCGAAAUCAACGGAGAGCGAUGCCGACUCCAGUGGGGCAAGUCGGCGGCGAAAAAAGCGAGCGGCAACCAAGGGUCUGCGCCGGCACCGCCACCAACCGUGAUGAUGAUGGCUCCAGGUGUGGAAGCUCCAGCGAAUGGGCAGGCUUUACCGCCAGAUAUGCCGGCGCAUGUGGCGAUCCCCAUGCCUGCGCCGGCCGCGGUGGGGCACGCGACCAAGUACCCGUCGAUGGAUCCUUCGCAGAUGGGAGCGGUUUCAAAGAAGCAGGAAGCCGAGAAGUAG